AUGGACGCCAGCGAGCUCUCUCGCUGGACCCGCUUCGCAGCAAAGGGCGGCAUCGGAAAGUGCACCGCCCUCCAAGACUGCGUCGCAAAACACCCAGAGGACCUCAUGUUCCUCAAGGACGACGAGAUCACCGUCCUCAUGCAGCUCGCAGACCACAAGGACACCUAUCUCGGCUACUGCGAGGGCGUCGUCGGCCGCUUCGAGGGGUCCUACGUCCGCUUCCACGCCCGCCUCAAAACACCCGUCAUGGCAAAACGCACCUCCUCCCGCGCCUCCCUCUCCCCGCGCGCCCUCGCAACACAGAGCCCCGCCCCUUCCCUCGCCGCUCGCUCCAUCACCGCCAUCACCACCGCCGCCGCCACCGCAGACGACGACGACGACGACGACGACGACGGCGAACCGAGCUCCAGCCCGCGCUCCCCCGGCGCCUCCCCGCACCCCCUGCGCACCAGCAGCCUCUCCUUCGCCUCCUCCCUCUCCCUCGCCUCCCCCGCCGCACCGCCGAUCCAGCACUCCACAUCCGCCUCCUCCGACCUCUCGAUCCACGCCCUCCCGCAGCACCUCCCCGACGCACUCGGCGCACCCUACAUGAGCUUCUCCUCGGGCUCCUCCGCGCAGGACGACUCGUCCCCGCGCACGCCCUCCUUCUUCCCCGCGCACGCCCCCGGCGCCACCGCACACGCGAAGUACCCCGCCGUCGCGCCGCGCAUGUCUACCACCGAGUCCGCGUACUCGACCGACGAGCGCGGGAUGUCCGCGUCCCCCGCGCCCACCGAGUCCUCGCUCGUGUCUGCGCUGCGCGCGCGCGCGUUCGCAGACGGCGACGGCGACGGCGAUGGCGACGACGCGGCGAGCGCGCGCGCGUCGCGCGUGUCUGCUGCGCUGUCGGAUGGCGUGUCGGGGAUUGGGCUGUCGCUGCUGCAGGAUUUCAUCAGCGGGGACGGGGAGGACGAGGGCGAUGACGAUGAGAGUGGGGACGGGGACGGGCGACGGUCGAGGACGAUGAUGUCGGAGAGUGGGAGUUCGAUGGAGUCUGCGACGGCUGAAGGACCGCCGCUCGAUCGCACGUUCGUCCCUCCCCAAUCCUCUUACGCCUCCCCCGCCACCGCCACCUCCCUCUCGCAUGCACCAUCACAACCCUCCCCCCCGCGCUCCCCCCCGCCCUCGCCCCCGCCCCCGCUCCCCCCGCGCGCCUCCUUCCACUCGCACUCGGGCUCCGAAUUCGACUACACGGGCGAAGACUGGGAGGGCGCGGCAGACAUAUACGACAACUACCGCUACUCGCGCAUGUCCGUCGCCUCGAAGCUCUCCCGCAUGUCCAAGCUCUCCGCCUACGCCGCGCACGCGGGCUCCGGGGCUCCUGUGGGAGACGCGCCGCCGGUGCCGGUGCCGGUGCCGAGCGCGCAGGAGUGGGAGUGGCGCAGGCACGAGGCGGGGCGGAGGUCCGAGGACUCGCGCUACUCGCAGCAGUCCCUCCCGCUCCCGCCACCAUCCACACUCGCAUCCGCAGCACCAUCCACAUCCGCAUCCACAGCGGUAGCAGCAGCAGCAGCAGACCAGCCGCGCCGCGUGCCCCCAGCGCUGCUCCUCGCCGGCACGGGCGCGGGGCCGGACGCGGGUGCAGGGCCGGGCGACGACCCGCGCGCGCACGCGAUCUCGGCGUCCGAGCUCGGCGAGACGCCGCUCCUGCACACGACCUUCGCGUCCCCGCUCGCCUCGCCCGCGCUGCGCACCGCGUCGGAGGCCGCGUCGAGCGCGUACGGCGCGUCGCCCGAGCCGGAGCUGGCGUCUGCUGUGUUUGGGCGCGCUUCGAGCGUUGAUGAGGACGGUGGGGAGGACUAUGGGGAUGCGGAUGGAGACUAUGGGGAUGCGGAUGCGGAUGCGGAUGGUGAGGACGACGAGGCGAGCGUGCAGAGCCUAGGAUUUGACGCGCCGCGCCACGGGCGCGCGUCGCUCGACGCCGUCGGCGAGCCCGAGUUCGCGCACCACCACCACGACAAUAACGACGAUAGCGCGCAGCCGCCGCAAGCCGGCCCCUCGCGCCCCGCGACGCCCGCUGCGGACGGCGCCCCGCCCGCGUCCGCGUCCGCGCCCAUGUCCCCGCCGUACCCGAACGAGAAGAACCGCGGCGGCGCGCAUCACUCCCCGCUCAUCGUCGUCAACCCCGCCCCGCCGCCGCCGCCGUACACGCCCGUGUCCCCGCCGCCGCACCAGACCGUGCACCCCAACCUCGGCCCCGGCCCCGCGCCCGUGUCGGCGCCGGCGUCGAUCCCGCAGGCGAGCCCGAUGGCUGCGGUGUUUAAUGCUAUGCCUGCGCCCGCUAUUCCGGCCGUUUUUGCGCCGCCUCCGCUUGGGUUCCAGCAGCAGUCGAUAUAUGCGCAUGCCGCUCCUAUACCAAACGCAUACGCUCCUUCAUACCCGCAUCCGCAGUCACAGCCGCAUCCUCAGCAACCCCAACAGCAGCAACCCCACCCGCAACAGCAGCCGCAACCGCAGCUCCGCCCGCGCCCGCCUCCCCAACACGCAGACCCCAACGCCCCCGAGCGCCCCUUCGGCUCCUCCCGCACGAGCCUCUUCCUCCCGCACCCAAACGCGCCCAAGCCUCCCCCAGGCCCGCUCUCCCUCGGACCGAUGUACGGGCGCAAGGCGCCCCCGCCGCCCGCGCACCCCGGCGCAGCCGCGUCGGUCGUGCACGUGCUGCGCAUGGCGGCGGCCGCGCGCCUCGGGGGCCGCGUCGCGACGAUCUACGGCGCGACGGAGCGCGAGCUCGCGGCGUCGGUUGGGCCGGUGCCGAUUGUGUUUGGGCUCGAGCCGCCGAAUAACGUGCCGGCGAGGAUGGUGAGGCGCACGGCGACGGUUGGGGCGGGGCCGGAGGCGCCGACGGGGGUUAUGGUGGGCGAGCAGCAGCAGCAGCAGGGGCAGGGCCAGGGGAAUGUGAUUCCGAGGGCGAAUUUUUAUCCGCAGGCGGGCACGGCGCGGCCGCGCUCGCGCUCGUUCUCCGGGUUCGAUAGCGCGCUGGGUCCGGUGGUGGGGUCGGAGUCGGGGUCGGGGUCGGGCGCGGAGGGCGCGUCGCGCAGCCGCGAGGAGCCUGUGUCGCAUAAUCCCAGGCUGGCGCAGCGCCAGCACACGCCGUCGCCGCUCUCGCUCUCCGCCACCGCGCCCGCAGCGCCCGCAGCGGCUGCGUCCUUGCCCUCGCCCGCGGACCCAUCGUCGCCCGUGCUACCACCGGCACCGGCACCGGUACCGCCGACCACCGCCGUCCCAAGCACCGCGCGCCGCCUGAGCGUGUCGCAGAGCAUGACGAACCUGCGGCUCGCGAUGGCCAGCCCGCCGCCCAUGGCCGCAAGCCUCCGCCAAGCGCUCGCAGAGCGCACCGCGUCGCCCAAGCCGCGGCGCAAGCCGAGCGACGCGGUCUCGUCCGCGAGCUCGCCGCAGUCGCCGACGAUGUCCGCUGCGCACGGCGACCGCGAGUCCGUCGCGUCGACGUUCAGGACCGUGGACGGCGCCGGGUCCGUGUCCGCGCACUCGGUGCACCGCCAGCGCAGCGCCGACACCGUGUACUCGACCGCGAGCGACGUGCGCUCGCUCAUGGCGUCGCCGCCGCCGCUCGCGCGCAACACGUCGCUGCGCUCGAAGCUCUCGCUGUCGGCGCUGCGCGCGAAAUCGAGCAUGGCGGCGCUCGGCGCGCGCGAGGACGCAGGGAGCGUGCUGGGUGACGCGGGCGAGACCGUGCAGGUCGAGGAUAUGGACUUUGAGCUCGUGCGCCCGAGCAUGCCCUCGACAUCGUCUGCGCGCGUGAGCGAAGAAUCGUCUGUCUACGGCCGCGGCUCGCUCGCGGGCGACGUCGCGCCCGGCGGCACCAGCAGCAACAGCAACAGCAACAGCGCCAACAGCAACGCCCAUUUCCACGGCAAGAGCGACCCGAGCGCGUUCCUCCGCACGGACAGCCCCGCGGCGUCGUCCGUCUCGCCCGGCUCGCGCUCGCCCGCGAGCAGCCCCGCCGAGUCGCUCUCCAAGACGGCGGCGGCGGCGAAGAGCGGCGAGGUCGAGGCGCACCGCGCGCGCGAGCUCAAGUGGCUCGCGGCGAUCGCGUCGACGCCGCCCGCGCAGGCGCGCAAGAGCAAGAAGAUUCGCAAGCUGCUCGCGGAGGGCGUGCCCGCGUCGGUGCGCUACCAGGUGUGGUCACAUCUCGCGGACAGCAAGGCGCGCCGCCUCGAUGGGCUGUACGCGCAGCUCGGUCGCCGCGCGCGCGUCGCACGCCUGGAGGAGAUCGAGCGGGAUGCGCGCGAGUGCUUCGAGGGCCAGGGCGCGCUGGCGGAGCCCGACGGGCCGCUCGUGUCCCUGCUGCAGGCGUACCUGACCAUGGUGCCGGACGUGCAGUACGAUCGAGGGAUCGCCAUCAUCGCGGGGCAGCUGCUGCAGCAGUCGCCGGAGGAGGACGCGUUCUGGAUCUUCAUCUCGCUGAUGGAUACCCACCUCCGGCCGUAUUUCUCGUCCAACGCGACGCAGAUGGACGUGGACGCGUUCUUGUUCCAAAAGGCGGUCGAGGCGGCGGACCCGUCCGUCGCGAAGAAGCUCUUCGUCGACAUGGCCAUUCCAGCGAUCCGCAUUUGCCGUCCGUGGUUCUCGUCACUGUUCGCAGAGAGCCUCCCACCGGACUAUUUCCUGCGAACCUGGGACAUCUUUCUUUGCGAAGGCGUCGCCUUCCUCUUCCGGAUCGGCCUCGCGCUCGUGACCUGCUGCCGCCGCGCGCUGCUCGACGCCAAGUCCGAGGCCGCCGUGCUCGCGCUCCUCCUCCACCCGCCGGCCGUCCUCCUGUCCUCGUCGCCGGACACGCUCGUCGAGCUCGCGGGCUCCGUCAAGCUCAAGGACGACGAUGUGCGCAAGCAGCGCACAAAGAUGGAGGCCGUGUCGAAGCGCCAGACGCAGGCGCAGGCUCAGGCCCGCGUGCUCGCGCAGGGCCAGGCGCAGGCGAUCUCGCUGCCCAGGAGCUGAUCACGCCCAAGCGCGUGCGGUGCGCGCGGAAUUUCGCCCGGCCGCCGCCGUCGCGUGUGAGGCCUGACGCGGAUGGAGCGCCGGUGCCGGCCCCGCGGCGCGCCGCGUGAGCGCGCGCUGGUGUUGAUGGCGGCGCUGACGCGAUCUGUUGGGGGAUCCCGAUCAGCAUCAGCACCGCCAACAGGCCCCGGGCGCGUACAGGCGCGUGCGCUCGUGCGAUCGUGCGUGCGUGCGUGCGUGCGUGCGUGCGUUCUUCUUCGGGCGACUGCGGCGUCUGUGCACGUCUUUGUUUGGUGGUCGCCAUCGCGUUCGAUCCGGACGAUCGAGCGACGUCGUGAUUGUGUCCCGCUGUCCUUUGCUGUCGAUCUUUCCAUCUCUGCAUCAGCUUUCUUUCUUGUCUUAUAUAUCAGUGUUCUCCCGUC